AUGGCUAGCGGAAAACUUGAAAGUCACGGACAACAUAGAGGACGACGACGAAAAUCGGCGAGAGGGAAGACUAGACGGGAGAGUGUCAGCGGGGGCAUUAUGGGCUCUAUGGAUGUUGAUGUCAACCUGCGCUCGGAGGAGUUCAGUGAUGAUACAGAGACCGAGGCUGAGGCUGAGGCUGAGGAUCAGACAAGGAAGGCGCAACAAGACACCGCUGCUGUCCAAGAACAGGCCAUCAAUAUUGUCAGGAAUCUUUCGGAAGACGAAAAUGGAAUAGACAUGAUAUUUGAAGAGUUUGGAAAACUCGAUCUUGCGGACAUCUCUUUUGAUUCAACGAAAACGACCGGUCUAUCGAUACCUAUUUCAACAUCCGUUUCUCCGUCUAGGAUGCCCUUCCCUUCACUAUUGUCUCCAGAACUCUCUGAUUCGACUCACGCUACCUCAUCGCAACCGCAGCCGCAUCCCAUCGUUGCAAUUCUGACACGAAUUCUAUCGGCACCUCCUACUUCCCUCCCCGAAGUUACUCUCCAAGCCACAUACACACUGGCUAAUCUAGCUAACGGUUCUCCUCUCCAACAAGCAUUGAUUCUGAACCAUCCUCCGAUACUCAGAGCCGUCAGGGACGUAAUAGCAGAGAGCGGUCGGGGUUUUGAAGGUCGAGAUGCGAGGAAGCCGGCUAUAGGUGUUGUCCUAGCUCUGGCUAAAGGUUGUGCUGGGGUCGUAGGUUCUAUAGGCGAAGUUGGAGUACCGAUCGUGAUCAGUAGUGUAAAAUGUCGACAAGAGAUGAUCGAUGCCGGCGUGGUGGGCACAUUGAAGAGGAUAUGUGAAAGUCAAGGAGGCGUUGUUGGGGUCGGCAUUGGAGUUCAUCACAGAGGAAGUCUCGGACAUUCUCACUCUUCGGUUCCCUCGACUUCACCGGCGACACCGGUGCAUUUACAUUCAUAUUCUCAUUCUUCGGACGCAGAUAAGGUGGUGUUGGACCUUGCAAAACAGGCUUUGGAUUGGCUGGAUCAUGGGGAAGGGUAUGGAGGAUUACCGUCUUGA